AAAAUAAUUAAAAACAAAAAAAGCUUUGAUUAAUAUUUACCAAUGGCGAAUUCUCCGACAGUGAUGCUUCUUCUCGUCUUAACAUUGGCGGCUAAAUUAACGGCGGAACACACGCCGUCACCCGCGCCGAAGCUGACUCCAUAUCCGUCGGCGCUUCCUCCGAAUCCGUCGUCAUUAACGCCGUCACCGUCACCGUCACCGUUACCGUCACACCCGAACGCUCCGAUUCCACCGCCGUCAAUGACGCCGUCACCGUCACCGUCACACUCGAAGCCUCCGACUCCACCGCCGUCACACUCGAAGCCUCCGACUCCACCGCCGUCACACUCGAAGCCUCCGACUACACCGCCGUCAGUGACGCCGUCACCGUCACCGUCACACUCGACGCCUCCGGUUCCGUCGUCGCCGGUUUCGCCGCCGCCGACGUCCGCGGAGGCGCCGAAGUCUUCUCCGCCUGCUCCUCCGGCCUCUUCUCCCGUUUCUCCGUCGUUAACUCCGUCCGACGUCGAGGCGCCGUCGGUGACUCCGCCGCCGCGGAGCGCGGGGGCGGAGUUGAACGCCGUCGCCGCCGUUGGGUUCGCCGCUGCGGUUGCGAUCGUCUCCGGCGCGGUGUUGGUGUAGUAGCAGAUCUACGGCCUGGAUUUACUCUAGCGUAGUAGAUCGACGGUAUGGAUUUUCUGUUGUGAUCAUUUCUGGGCCAUUGGA